AUGCCUACUGUAUCUUACCAACGACAGCCACAGUCAACGACAAUGGUAGACCUACCAAAACUUGCCAUUAUUAUCUACUCAUUUGGGGAUGAAUUGUCCACCCUUGCCGAUGAUGAAAUUGGGGCCUUUUUCCAUAUGGAAUAUGUGGACCAUCCUGAUCGAUUAUUCGUAGCAAGAUUUGUGAUGGAGUCAUCUUGGGAUGAGGAUCGCAAAUCGGAUGCACACAAACUCCACACCAUCCUUCCUGAUGGCAGGUCAUUCGACAAGGCCAUCAUAUUCUACACGACGCAUACAGAGGCCAACAGUGGGACCCUCAUAGCACAGAGAUGGGUUGAUGGUGUGGAGUAUGGCUAUGAUUUUGAGCAAAUGGCCGAACCGCUGGAAGGAAGUGCACGAUGGUUAAGACACCUCCACCAGAAUACUGGGUUUAGCUGGGUAAUUGGAUUCACUGCGGAUCGAGUGUCUCGAGAAGUGGUCAUAUCUCAGACCCUCAAUUUCACCUACUUCACUACAAUUUUAAACCAGACCCCUCGACAAGCUCGUCUCGAAGCCUUUGGGGGACAGCCGUCCAUUCUCCCUGGGAAUCAGGUUGUGCUUAUGGAGCCACAUGAGACCAUGGUUCUAAUCAGGGGACCCCGGUAUGGAGGGCUCUGGAAAGAGGCCCCUCAUUGCCCAAAUGAGAGGUGCCCAUCCAGCAUCACUGACAAGCCCAGCCAAGAUGCAAAUGUGUCCGAGCUGCUUCGACCUUGCCUGGAGACAAAUAUUAUAGUCGACAGGCUUGGCAUUCGCAGUGUAUGGUUUGCAGCACAGGAGCCAUGGUGGUUACUUGAAAUGGACAUGCAUGGGUGGCAGCAUCAGCAUUGGGUGGCUCCAUACCCAUUUGGGCCCUGGGAAUUGAUUCCGAAGGGACAGGACUAA